AUGGGUGCUUCGGGCUUAAGUUCCAGGGAUGACGACCGCUCCUCAGUCUUCAAGUUGCGCAUGCUGAUGGGUGUAGAACCAGGUGCAGGUGACAUCCGCUCGACCUUUACGGAGGACAGAAGCAAGCUGCAGCCAGCGUCGAACCAGAGAAUAGUCACCAGUACGUGCCACGAGAGACAGGAAUUAGUCUACAUCGUACAAAGUCAAAUUGUCGUAUGGGCGAGAUGGCCGAGCGGUCUAAGGCGCCAGACUAAGGAUCUGGUCCGAAAGGGCGCCACUCUCGUCAUAAAGAACCUCAUCAGUUUUCCGCUCCCGAAUCCGACUGUAUACUCGCUGGCCGACCUCGAGGUUCAUGGGCAUGUGGGAGAGCAAGCGUCGGCAACGAGCACUGCAAAUAUGGAUCCGUGGUCUGCCGCAGCUGAACGUCGAACGAUGGAUCCACUUAUAACCUCUACGCACCCCUCUGCCAUUAUGUCCACUGUCGCCGUCCGUAAACUCACGCCCACUCAUCCAUCACCAACCGCCGCCGCAACGUUCCUUGUCCGAAUCCUGCUCGGGGACACCAUUUACGGCUCUGAGCUCGUGUACCUCACGCAGUGCGCCGUCGACAGCGCAGGCCCGCAUGAGAGGCUCUCCUCGCUCUUCGACACCGUCCUGGCCAAAGCCCACGCGCACUUGCUGCAGGUGGCCCGCGACCCAACUAGCAUGACCAAACGGCGCGUCGUUCUGGAGAUCUUCGAGACGUGGGAGCCCUUGGUUCCCACCCUGGUGAGGACCGUCGUGGCCGAGUGGAGGGAAGUGUGCACGCACUCCCCCCGAGGGGACCGCGCCGCCCUUACGCGGGAGGCGUUGGAGGGCAAGGCGUACGCGCUCGAUCCGACGUUGCGGUUUUCGGACAUCGUGAACCGGAACCACCUCGUCGGGGUGCUGAGUGAGUGCUCCCUUCGCCUGCAGCCCGGUGGUGACCGGUGA